CAAACUCUCCAAAGGGUUUGAACCUUGCUGUUUUCCAGGACAGAAAGUUUCAGCUUGAGUUUAUUGACUGAACGGAUUUUGCAAAACGCAGUUCCGUGUUAAGCCACGGUAUCAUGUAACAUCCUUGAGUUUCUAAGUUGACCCUGUUAGUGGUGUUAAUUUCCAAUAUGUGAAGAUACUGGGCAUUUGAGUCUGCGUAGAACACUGUGCCCUCUGCUGUGAAAGCUUGUCCUCUAAAUACAUAUGGUCCUCCAUUGGCUUGUCAGGGCCCGGCAUUGCUGCUGUGGAAUCCGAGAGUGCCUGACUGCUGCCAGUGUCCCAUGUGGGCAGGACUGUGCGUGGAUCAAGCCCCCCAGCAUGGCCUGCUCUGGGCCGGUGUUACCCUACAGCCUCAAGAUGAUUUCUCGCAAGAAGACCCUUCUUCUCUUCCUGCUGGCGUUCAGCACCGGGACGCUUCUCCUGCGCCAGAGUGCCCACCUCAACUGGUUCCCAAAGUCUCCUCCCUUCAGCUGCGCACCCUGGGUCUCCCCGCACCCGAAGCACACCGCCGUGGCCUUCCUGAAGACCCACAAAACCGCUAGCACCACGGUGCAGAACCUCCUCUUCCGUUUUGCGGAGCGGCAAAACGUCACCGUGGCCCUGCCCCACCAUGCCUGCGACCAUCAGUUCUGCUACCCCCGCAACUUCUCGACGCGCUUCGUGCACCCAUACACCGUCCCGCCCCGCCUCAUCGCCAGCCACCUGCGCUUCAACCACGAUGAGCUGCGCCACCUCAUGCCCAACGACACCGUGUACAUCACCAUCCUGCGCGAGCCGGUCGCCAUGUUCGAAUCCCUCUUCAGCUACUACAAUCAGUACUGCCCGGCUUUCCGACGGGUGCCCAAUGGAUCCAUGGAGGCCUUCCUUAACAACCCGUACCAGUACUACCAUUCCCAUGAGAAAUAUGCCAUGUAUGCCCACAAUACCCUGGUGUACGACCUGGGGGGUGACCCCGAACACAGCCCCGAUGACCCCACGUAUCUCCCCAAGUUCAUCCGCCAAGUAGAAGGCAUUUUCUCUCUGGUCAUGUUGGCGGAGUAUUUUGAUGAAUCGCUUGUCCUCCUCCGCCAUCUCCUGGCCUGGGACCUGGACGACAUCCUCUACGUCAAGCUGAACAUGCGCAGUCCGGAGUCCAAGCUCAACAUCACCUCGGCCCACGUGGCCGCCCAAAUCCGCGCCUGGAACGCUCUCGACGCCGGUCUCUAUGACCACUUCAACGCCACCUUCUGGAGGAAGCUCAGCAAGAUGGACCGUGGCUGUCUCCAGAAAGAAGUCCACGCUCUUCACCGGGCCUGCGAGCGCUUGGCACGCCACUGCUUUCGGGGCCAGCCCCAGCUGCGGCCAGCCACGCAGAUCAAGAACAAGGACCUCCGGCCUUGGCAACCCAGUGCCAAGGUGGACAUUGUGGGCUACGACCUCCCGGGCUCGGGGCCCCAUCUGGAUGAGCAGUGCCUCAAGCUCGUCAUGCCCGAGGUACAGUAUUCUCGUUACCUACUACGGAAGCAGAGCCUCAAAAACCGGCGCAGGGCUGUCCCCCAUCGGCCUCUCUCGCCCCGGGGACUUCUGCACCCACCUCGGCACCCUGCUGUCAAAGCUUCCUGAGCAGGAUGAUGGGUGGAGAUGCCACCAGGUAGAGAUGCCCUGCACAGGGAGGAUGGCUGGUGAAGUUCCCAUUUCAAUGAGCUGUGAUUUUUUUCCCCCUGGGUCUCUGGGACAUUUUGACCCAGUUUUACCCACUUAAAAACUCAGGGCCCAUGCAUCUGGGUGAGCAGGACUCUCCUUUUAGAUGCACCAAAGGAGCUGUCUAUAAGCUGUGGCCCAUUUUCGGCAAGUAGGACUUGGAAACCACGACUGGGUGCUCCAGAUUGUCCUAACAUCUUCCUGCCUCUCAGUUGGGGAACCAAACAAAACUGGGGCUGUUUCCUGUCCAGGAAUGUUCAGGGCUGGUCUACACAGCCUCCCCAUUUCCUGAAAC